AUGCAGCACAGUUUCUUCAUCUUCCUGUACACAGGAGCUGAAUUUCUGCACGAGACUGGAAAGUACGCGGAAGUUCACGUAUGUUGUCCCUCCCUGUCAUCCAGAGCUAAUAAACCUGUCAGUUUAGUCAUGUUGGAGCAUACAGGGAACGAAAAGUUUGUCGCUGAUAUGGACGGACACACAAACACCGUGGACAUAAACGCAGAUACAGUGAGUCGUCGUGGUUGGGACGCCGUGCAGCCUCGGGAAAUGACUCAGAUGGAGAGUCCCGCGCACACAGUGAUCGUUCACCACACCGCGCUCCGGUUCUGCGCGCACCCGCGAGAAAGCGUCACCGAGCUCGCGCACAUUCAGCGCAUGCACAUGCAGGAGCGGGGAUUCGACGAUAUCGGUUACAACUUUCUAAUAUCUGGAGAUGGGACGGUGUAUGAAGGCAGAGGAUGGGGGAUUGUAGGAGCUCAUGCUAAAGAACACAACUUUUAUUCUGUUGGCAUCGCCUUCAUGGGCAACUUCAAUGCUGAUUUGCCAAGCUCUGCGUCGCUGUCUGCUCUGCUUAGACUGCUUCACAUUGGAGUGCUUCAUGGGCAUGUGCGACCCAAUUUUGUGCUUCUGGGACAUAAAGACGUUGCAAAAACUGCUUGUCCUGGGGAAAAUUUAUACUCUGUGCUACCAAAACUAAGAGACCGAUUGCAAAACAAUGAACUUUUGCAAGCAUAAAUUUGAAAUAGAACUGUGUGAAUGUGUUUGACAGGUUUAUUUAUUCUCUAUUCAUUCUUUUUAUGUUUUAAAGCUGUGUAAAAGUCAUGAAAUAUUACUGGAACCAGUUCUGAGGUUAUCAUUUAAAGUCCAGAAAAAUGUUUAUCAAAUAAGAUUAUUGUUGUUGUUAUUGAAGAUGAUUCCUCUUGUUCACAGCAUGAACCUUUUAUGACUGAAUUGAUCAUUUUUUUUGCACAAAAAAAAUGUCUGUGUCGCAGUGACUUGUAUUAAAAUUGUGUCAGUGCCUCUUAUAAGGGACUCAAUCAGUGAUUUUCCAUCUGUCUAAACAUAUUUACUAACUCUUCCACUUUGUCAUUUACCUAAUAUGUCUUAUUUAUUCAUUUUUGACAAAUAUAAUUGCUUUAAGUUUGUUUCGUAUUUACACUCUUAUUUCAUGUAUGUGUAGCUGCCUUUGCAGUGCUUGAUAAUAAGUAAAGUACUAAUUGAAACCCA